AUGAAAGCGGCACCUCUGUUAGUCGCCUGGCACGACGAGAACGCCCCAAUCUACUCAGCCCACUUCGAGCCCCAUGGCAAAGGCAGGUUGGCGACUGCAGGCGGCGACAACCAUGUCCGGAUAUGGAAGGUCGAGACCAAUGGAGACGAAAGGAAGGUCACUUACUUGUCCACUUUGAAAAGACAUACACAAGCUGUCAAUGUCGUCCGGUGGUGUCCAAGGGGCGAGCUACUUGCAACAGCUGGAGACGACGGCAAUGUCCUGGUGUGGACGCCCGCUGAUGGUUCUGCCCAGACGAGCUUCGGAGAAGAUGCACAAGAGGAUGUAGAAUUCUGGCGGGUCAAGACAAUGUGCCGGUCGAACAGCGGAAGCGAAAUCUACGACUUAGCAUGGUCUCCUGAUGGCACAUAUUUCGUGACGGGCAGCAUGGACAAUGUUGCGACGAUAUACAACGCCAGCAAUGGCCAUACUGUACGACAAAUAGCAGAGCACAACCACUACGUCCAGGGCGUUGCUUGGGACCCACUCAACGAAUUUGUGGCUACGCAGUCCUCAGACCGAUCAGUACACAUCUACACCCUCAAGACGAAAGACGGCCAAUUCUCCUUAGAUCCACACAAUAGAGUCACCAAGAUGGACCUACCUGGCCGCCGAAUAUCGUCCAACAGCCCAGCUCCACCAGAUCUCACCAACCACCGAGCUUCCUUCAUGCAGGACGCUUUCGCCGAUGCGGUAGGCUCGCCGCGGCCUUCAGCUCCGGACACUCCUCAGUCUCUGGCUCUACCAAUGAACCCACCACCAACCUCACACAGCCGAAGAUCAUCCUUCGGAUCUCAAGCUGGUCAAAGUCACAGACGAUCGGUCUCACCCAGCCCAUCGACCAUGCCGCUCCCCGCAGUCAUGCCUUCUGCCUCACCCAGCUUAUCCGGUGGUCUUGGCCCUGGAUUCAGGAACGCUCCAAUCUACGCCAAUGAAACAUUUACCUCCUUCUUCCGCCGGCUGACAUUCACCCCCGACGGAAGCCUCCUUCUCACUCCAGCCGGUCAAUACAAGACUUUCGGUCCCGGUGGCGACCACACCAAGGACGAUACUAUCAACACAGUCUACAUCUACACCCGAGCCGGCCUGAAUAAGCCUCCCGUCGCCUAUCUACCUGGGCACAAGAAGCCUUCAAUAGCAGUGCGCUGCUCACCAAUCUACUACAGUCUCCGGGGCAGUAGCAGCGAGACCAAGGAAAUCGCAAUCGAUACAAGGCAUCCAGACGAAGAUAUUCCAUCGUUGCCGGGACCAGCAAUGCCAGCCAAGCCACCCACCUCACACUCCAGCAUGGAUCCUCCACCUCUCAAAUCGGCUCCUUCGCCGUCCCCAGGCGUGGCUUCGAUGGCAUCGCCACGGCAGCCAGUCGAUUCGGAAGCAUCCACACCGGCACCGCCAGCGGGACCCACACCAGCAUUCAGCUUACCUUACCGGAUCAUCUACGCUGUCGCGACGCAAGAUGCUGUCCAUGUGUAUGACACCCAGCAACAGAAGCCUUUGUGUGUCGUCAGCAAUCUGCAUUACUCUACCUUCACCGACCUGACAUGGUCUGGCGAUGGCAACACACUGCUUAUGACAUCUUCUGACGGAUUCUGCUCUGCGCUUACUUUCGCACCCGGUGAGCUUGGGAGCGUACACCACCCGCCUGCUGGUACAAGGCAUACACCUACGCCCAUUGCAGUGGCCCAGGCCAAUUCGGCUGCCCCAUCACCACAAGCGACGCCAACCGCAGCCGGCCACGAAAAGCAACCCUCUUUGACCUCGGUUCCCCGACAAGCGUCGAUUACCAGCAAUGCAUUGCCAGGCGGACCAUCGCCGUUGCCGUUCUCAACGGACCGACAACAACGACCUGCCUCACCCGCCCGCAGCAUGUCCGCAUCGAGCAUGGGCACGGAAAGCAGCUUCGCACGUGUGCCUGACCAAAACGCACAUCCCGGCAACAACCCAACACCACAAAUGAGUGCGAUGCCGCCAGUCGCUGCAGGUGGUAUGCCACUCUUUACCCCGCCGCAGACACCUGGUCACCAUGCGAAUGGAUCCACUAACAGCGUGCCAGGCUUGGUUCCAGCUGGAAUGAAGCGGGAGAGCAACGUCAGUGUCGAGUCUGCAGCUACUGCUGCCAGCAAUGUCGCAGCAGGAGUCAAGCGCGAGAGCGUUGCUUCUGGGACAGGUGAAGAUGUGGAAGAGAGGGCGAAGAAGAGGAGGAUAGCGCCGACUCUUGUGUCCGGCGGAGAUGCCUCAGCGGGAUCCACUGUACCGACUGAGCGUCCUGGGCCGCCGUCUGGUACCGGAGGCGAGUGA